AUGACCUUCGCCGGGGCGACGUUCUCUCCGGCGGCCGAGGUGGUCUCCGGCUGGGCUGCGCCGGUGAAGCUGGCCUGGUCCAAGCCCCUGGGCGUCGGCGUGGCGAUGGCCCCUCCCUCGAUCGGCGCCGACGCCGAUCUGGUGCUGGUGCCCACCAUGAACGUGACCGGGGAGGACUUGGCUCGCGAGUUCUACCUGGAGGCCCACUCCCUGACCUCCGGUGCGAUCGAGUGGAGGCGCCAGCUGAGUCCGAAGCAGGGCGGGUGCCCGCGCGUGCAGGAGGACAGCCUGCCCUUCACCACCAGCUCCUUCGUCGGCAACGGCGAGGUGGUGGCCAACUUCUGGUUCCAGGAGGACAUCAACACCCACUGCUCCGGCUUCGUGCUCCUCGACUGCAAGGUGAUACACAGUACAGGCAACAUCAAGUCGCGACAAACUGUGGAUGCAGGAUUCUCGUACACGGCCAACAUCAAGGACCUCCUCUACAUCGCCCGCAUCGAGGCCAACCUGUUGUCCAUGACCAACAACGAGCUCUUCCGCCUGGCGCCGCCCACCUUCGAGCUGGCCGAGCCCGCAGCCAACUUCUCGUGGCCCAUCAUGGACAUGGCCGAGGUGAGCCAGGAGCCCAACAUUCUGGUGAGCCCGUGGCAGCGCUUGCUGGUGCUGUUCCAGGCCAGCACUGGGGCGAUGGCCCUCAUGGGACUCGACCUGACAACGCUGCAGCCUCUGUGGUCCACCAAGGCCCCCGCUAGGGCCUCCUGGGCGAGGCUGCAGCUGUCGGGACCUCGCCACAACAUCAUCCUCUUGAAGACCAACGCCUACUUCCGACCGCCGUACAACACGUCGAUCGCCGCUUACAAUGCCGCCAAUGGCCACCUCCUGUGGCAGCACACUGUAGUGUGGAACUCCAUGCCGGUGACGACCCUGCAUGGCGUGGUUGAGCAGGGCAAGCAACAGCUGGUGUGCGCCACCUACCAGGUCCUUGACGCCACCAUGCUGAUGUGCCACAACCCGUUCACUGGCGAUCUGGCCUUCAGCAAGCAGCUCACCGCGCAGCAACACUUCUGGGCCAUCUACCACCAAUGGCUACUGGUCCAAGACGUGGCCAAAGGGCAGCUGAUGGCCAUCGAUCCCUUCACCCGCACCAGGGCCUGGACCAUCCCCAUCGAAGAGGGCUCCACGCGCAUCGACAUGGCCGAUGGCAACAGCUUCCUCCUUCUCUCAUCUGCCACCGGCCUUGCUAAGUGGUCUGUCUACUCCAGCUCUUGA